UCGCCCUUGGCUUCUCGGCAAUCAGCGAGCCUGACUGCUCCCGGCCUUGUACUUGCCUGCUACCUGCCAGCUUCUUGCCUGGUACUUGCCUGGUACUGGCGCUGAGAUGGCUGCGCUCGGAUCCCCCCUGCGCACGUUUCACGGUCUUUUGCGGGAACUUCGCUACAUGAAUGGGGUGACUCGGUAUCGUGAUACGGCAGCUUAUAAAUACAUUAGAGAGCAAUUCAGACGGAAUCAGGUAACAGAAGAGAAGUUGUGUCGGGCCCAGCAGGAGUUGCACUUCCAAGCCUCCACUUACCUCUGCCUCCUACACAGCGUUAGAAACCAUGAUAUGCUUCACCAGGAGUAUCACGCCAAGGGAGAGCGCAGCCCUGAACAAGUGGCCGGACUGGUGGGUUUGAAACUGCCAAAGCAACCUGGAGGCAAAGGCUGGGAGUGAUGACAUUGCAGCAGUCUCACCUUUACUCACUGCACAUAACUCACCUAAUGCUUUAUUUUUGUACAUAAAUGUAAAAAAAUAGAAUACUAUAAAUAUCUUGAAUUCCAGUUGUUCUUUUGCUUUUGAGAAUUAAUAAAAAUUUGUAAAAAAAA